AUGAUCAUUCGCUGGGCAGAACAAUGCCGCACCCACUUCAAACCAGCAACAGCAGCAGCCGCAGGGGCAGCAGCAGCAGCAGCAGCAGCAGCAGCAGCAGCAGCAGCCGCAGGGGCAGCAGCAGCAGCCGCAACAGCAGCAGCAGCAGCAGCAGCCACAGGGGCAGCAGCAGCAGCCACAGGGGCGGCAGCAGCAGCAGCGCAGCAGCAGCAGCAGCAGCAGCCGCAGGGGCAGCAGCAGCAGCAGCAGCAGCAGCAGCGGCACCAGCAGCAGCAGCGGCAGCAGCAGCAGCAGCCGCAGGGGCAGCAGAACCAGGAGGGGCAGCAGCCGCAGCAGCAGCAGGGGUUCCAGCAGCACCAGCAGCAACAGCGGCGGAGGGCGACUGCCCGCUCCUCACCUUUCCUCCUCCCUCGCAUGCACACCCGCUCUCUUGAUCCCAUCCUUGGCACUCCGCCACCUUCCUCCCUCAGCCAGCUCGAGGACUCCCAUGAGGAGUUCGCCAUGGUCCAGCGCCACACUCCCUCUCUUUCCACCCUCUACCCCGACCUCCUCGGCGCUCUACUCCUUAGCGCGAUCUCCGCUCCCACCAUCUUCGUCCCCACCACCUUCCAGGAAGCUAUCACCUGCCCUGACGCUGACAAGUGGAUAGCCGCUAUCUUCCUGGAAUGUGAGGCGUUCAUCCGCAACGACUCCUUUAUCGACGUUCCCCUUCCCCCUGACGCCAACCUUGUCGAGGGCAAGUGGAUCUUUCGAGUCAAACAGCUGCCGGGAGAGGAACCAGUCUACAAAGCCCGCUAUGUUGCUAAGGGGUUCACCCAGACCUGGGCUGAGGACUACUGGUUCACAUUUGCCCCCACCCUCAGGCAAGCCACCCUACGCACCCUUAUGGAUAUCGGUGCGCGGGACGACAUGGAGAUUGACUCCAUGGACGUCUCCAACGCUUUCCUGCAAGGUGAACUGCACGAACGCAUCUUUCUCCGCCGACCUCCCGGGUUCCAUGCUACGUUCCCCGACAACACCGUCUGGCAGCUGAAGCGACCGGUCUACGGCCUGAAGCAGGCACCACGAGAAUGGCAUGCGAAGCUGUCUGCUACUCUCCAGUCCCUUGGCUUCUCCCCCUCCCACUCCGACGCCAGCCUCUUCAUCCGCUCUUCCCCCAGUCGCUUCUUCAUCUCGGUCUACGUCGAUGACAUGAUCCUGCUCGCUGACACCAGGACUGACAUGGAUCAAGUGAAACGGUCUCUUCAGGAACGUCUCAAGUGCAAGGACCUUGGUCCCCUCCAGAACUACCUCGGCAUGGCUAUCACUCGUGAUCGAUCCGCCCGCACCAUCACCCUCUCCCAGUCCCACUACAUCGGCCAGGUCCUGGAGAAGUUCGAGAUGGCACAAGCCAAACCAGUCUCCACACCCCUCCCCUUCGGUCACCAGCUUGCGCCACCCACCUCCCCCUCCACCUCCUCCCGGCCCUACGCCGAGCUUGUUGGGUCGCUGAUGUACGCAAUGAUGUGCACUCGUCCCGACCUCGCCUACCCUGUCAGCGUCCUUGCUCGAUUCGUCGGCCCCGGCCGCCACACUGAGGAACACUGGACUGCCGCCAAGCGAGUCCUCCGCUAUCUUCGUGGCACCAGGGACCACGCUCUCACACUGGGUGGAUCUUCCCCCCCCCUUCUCUCUGGCUUCAGCGACUCCUCCUGGGCAGACUGCCAGCCAGACCGCCGCUCCUCCCAAGGCUAUGGCUUCACCCUCGGUAGCGGCCUCAUCAGCUGGCGCUCUACUCGCUCCUCCGCCAUCGCCCUCUCCUCCUGUGAAGCUGAGCUCUAUGCUGGCACCAUGGCCGCGCAAGAGUCCCGCUGGCUCUGCUUCCUCCUAGCUGAGCUUGGUGUUCCCCAGCGCUGCCCCACCCUCUGGUGUGACAAUGCCAGCACCAUCCAUCUCACCCAAGACCCCGUUUUUCACGGUCGCUCCAAGCACAUUGAGCUCCGCUAUUUCUUCAUCCGUGACCUUGUCCAACAGAAUCUCAUCGCCGUUCGCAAGAUCGCCGCUAAGGCCAACCUGGCAGAUAUCUUCACCAAACCACUUCUUCGCCCUGCGCACUCUGCUCUUCUCCGCCUCAUCGGCCUCGCUCCCCCAGGCGCGCCUUGA